AUGCCCUACGGCCUAGGCUCAGUCCCAAUCCCAGAGGGCCAGCAAAAUGGAAACAUCGGCGGAAUGAACGGCGAGGCCGCUCAGUACUCAAUGGCCAACCCCUCGGCCUCGAUGAUGGCCCAACGCCCAGCACAAAGUCACUACUACAUGACACCCAUGCCAUCAUCUGCAAGCCAUCAAAUCAACAUGCACAUGUCGAUGCACGCAUCCGCAUCUGCCUCACAGCCCUACGCUUUCUCCGCUGCAGCCCCAACCCCAUCUUCCCGUGUCCACUCUCACGGCCUAAACCACGGUAUCCACGCCCCCCACGCGCACGAGGGCUUCGCCAAAGCCCCAGAUUUUCUCCCAAAAGCUCCCGACUCUGUGAGCUAUAAUGGCGCAUCUUCAAAGUCGGGUGGCUACCACGGCGGAAACGGGAACGGCUUUACUCAGACCCAUGGAGAUGAUUCUAGCAGCGAUGGAUCUCCCCCCCUGAUGAUGAAUGGUCCUCAAGCUGGAAGCGAUAGCGAGACUCCUAUGAACUCUGACAUGGACUCGGGCUCUGCUACCCCCACGACACCUGAGGCUGGUGCUGAUGAGAAUAUUGCUCCGUUUCCUGGCUCCGAGCCUGGGAGUAAUGUAGCUCCGAUUGGGAAUCCCAUGUUGCCUGGUUCGAACGUUGCGCCUGUUUUGCCGCAGAAGUCGCAUGGUGCUGAUGAGGGGAAUGGGUUUUGCUUGGGGCAGUGCUACGCGAGUCCUGAUGAUGCGAAGUGUGAGAAGCCAUAUUCUUCACCUAUCUACAAUGACCAGAACGGUUGCUACACGUGCUGCAUCACCUCGCCUGACUUUUAA